GCAACAAACCAGAAAAUGGAAGGUUUUAUUGUUUUGUCCCUGGCUUUUCUAGCAGCAUCAUGUGCUGCAUUUGCAUUCUCACGGUGGUCGGAUUCUCCGCGGCGGCGAGGGAAGUUCCCUCCGGGGCCGCCUCGGCUGCCCAUCCUCGGCAACAUCCUCCAACUCGGCCCAAACCCCCACAAGUCCCUCGCCCACCUCGCCCAAACCUACGGCCCCCUCAUGUCCCUCAACCUCGGGAAUCAAUUCGCCGUGGUCGCUUCGUCGCCGGAGAUGGCCAAGGAAAUACUGCAAAAGCAAGGCCUCGUUUUCUCGACGCCCUUCACUCCCAACGCGGUGUGCGUGCUCGGCCACGGCGAGGUCUCGAUGAACAUGCUGCCCGCCACCUCCAACGUAUGGAAAAAGCUUCGUCGAAUAGCAGCAGAGAAACUCUUCUCUAACCCAGCUCUCGUAGCCACUCAGGAUAUCCGGCGAGAGAGGCUGCGGAAGCUCACCGACUACGUCACCGAGUGCAGCCGCGACGGCCGCGCCAUGAACGUCGGAGAAGCCACCUUCACCACCAUGACCAACCUCAUGUUCGCCACGCUUUUCUCGAUGGAGCUCGCCGAAAUCCAGAAAUUCAGGGAGCAUGUCAACGCCAUGACCAGGUACAUGGGCGUGCCCAACGUUGCAGAUUUCUUCCCCAUCUUGGCUCCUUUGGAUCCGCAAGGAAUGAGACGAAAGCUCACUCGUCACUUCGGGAGUCUGCUGGAGUUAGUCCAGAGCCUCAUCCACCAGCGACUGCAAGCGCGAAAGGCAUCCAAUUACCUAAAAAGGAAUGAUUUUCUCGAAACCCUACUAGACCUCUCUCAAGGAAAUGAGUAUGAUUUGAGCGUUAAAGAAAUUGAGCAUAUGUUUGUGGACAUAAUCAUCGCAGGAUCAGACACAAGCGCAGCCACGGCGGAAUGGGCAAUGGUGGAAUUACUACUCCACCCCGACAAACUGGGGAAGCUGAAAGCAGAGCUGAAGAGUGUGGUCGGAGAGAAAAGCAUCGUGGAAGAAUCCGACAUCGCGAGGCUCCCAUACUUGGAAGCCGCCAUCAAAGAAGUGUUCCGGCUUCACCCCGCCGCGCCUCUACUAGCUCCCCACGUGGCGGCGGAGGAAGCGCGAGUGAAUGAAUACAUAAUCCCCAAAGAUGCAAAAGUAUUCGUCAACGUUUGGGCGAUUACGAGAGAUCCCAGCAUAUGGAAGAAUGCCGAGAGCUUUGAGCCUGAGCGAUUUCUGCAUAGCGACAUAGAUUUCAAGGGCCAGCAUUUCGAGCUGAUUCCGUUCAGUUCGGGGCGAAGGAUUUGCCCCGGCAUGCCGCUGGCUAGCCGCAUGCUGCAAUGCAUGGUGGCGACUCUGUGUCAUAAUUUCGAUUGGGAGCUUGAAAAAGGGGCUGAAUCCAAACAACUCCAAAGAGAAGAUGUGUUUGGGCUAGCACUGCAGAAGAAAAUUCCCCUUAGGGCUAUUCCCAUCAAGGUUUAAUGGCGAGUAUAUCAUCAUAUGAUCAUGUGUUUGGACACAAUAUUAAUAAUAUAUAUUUUUAAAUAUCUAUAAUAAUAUAAGUGUAUAACA